CGAUCCUGGCGGGGCUUGGAGGAACUAGCAGCACGGUUCUGAUUAUGGCUGUUGGUGGACGUGUUACGUGGAAUUUAAACCGAGAAAGAAGUAAAAAAAAUUAGAGUAAGCUUAUUCAUCAAAAUUAAAGCUUGGUAAUCCUAUCUGCUAAUGGAAUUAAAAGAAACUUUAUGGGUUUCUUUCUUACAUAUAUUGUUUACAGCUUACUUAAAAAGAUUAUGCAUAAGAUGGAGUCCAAUUAGAUGAGAAGGGGGCAAGAUGACCAAGGCUUUCGACUUUAACUGGCGUGUGCAAAUACCUGAAUUAUUACUGAAUGGAUGCAACUUCGAUCUGUGGGAAGAGGAAAAAGAACAACUUGUUUACGAACAGAAUGCAUUUGUUAGAGUUGACGAAUUCGGCUUUUUUAUUUACUGGAAGAGCGAAGGAAAAGACGGCCAGUCGUUGGAAUUAACGCAAGUGAACGAUAUCAGGCAAGGCGGAAUACCAAAGGUGAAAGAGAUUUUAAUUAUUAAUUUAUUAACAUUUAUUGAUUAUUUUAAAUAUAGUCGGUUAAAUCAAUAAAGAAUGUCUCUUUCCAUGGCAAUAAAUUGCCAGAGGAUAUCUUUUCUCGUGUGACAUUGGUCUGUCCGUCUUUUCUUUACUUGACAAAGUGUUUCUCCAAUAUAUUGGAUAUAGGAAAAAACAUAAAAAUCAUCAUUACUCCUUCUUCGCUCGUACACACGACAAACUCUUACUUAAAUUUACAUACGUUGCAGCUGGAUAACUCCAUUUUUAUACGUUAAUAAGUGCAAUUAUCCAGUUAUAUGUUGCGUAUAUAUAUAAGUUUAUUGAUUUUAUAUAAUGUCGGGUGACCGAAUAAAUAAUGUCUCGUUGAAAUGUGAAUAAAAAUGCUUGU